UGGUCCUCGCUGAUGUUUGAUGCGCCAAUGGGGUGCAGAGUUGCACAAAAGAGAUCCACUCCCUCCCUCCUCUGUCUCAUCAUACAGAGCUCAGAGCUGAAUCCGUGCUUCCCAACAAAAGAGGCUCUUCCUCUGAAUGGGAAUAUGCCUUCGCUGCAUUCAUCUGGGUUUUAUCUUUGCCUUAAACACUACGCAACCUCAAGAAAAUUUGGAUGAGCGGUUCAUGUUUUGCGCGACACGAUGGGGAUUACGUUGUUUUUAAGGAGGAACAUAUACUGCUGUCUUUUCCUUCUCAUUUGGAAUACAAUAGAGGCGCAGAUUCGCUAUAGCAUCCCGGAGGAGCUAAGAGGAGGAUCCGUGGUUGGAAAUAUCGCUAAAGAUCUUGGUUUGGAUUUAUCUGAGGUUGUAGAUCGUAAAUUGCGAAUUGCAUCUGGGUCAGGUAAGCGGUACUUCAGCGUGUCUGUGGAGAAGGGCGAGCUUAUUGUAAAUGAGAAAAUCGACAGAGAGAGCCUUUGUGGGCAGAGCGCUCCGUGUUUGCUGCCUCUCGAAGCGGUUGUAGAAAAUCCUCUGCAGCUGCAUCGAGUCGAGAUCGAAAUACAAGACAUCAAUGACAACGCGCCCAAUUUCAAUUCAAAUGAACGCACUUUGAACAUACCCGAGUCUAUAAACCCUGGCGCUAAAUUUCUUCUGGACAGCGCAGACGAUCCUGACGUGGGGACGAAUUCGUUGCAGUCUUACAGUCUAGAUAGGAACAAAUAUUUUGUUUUAAAUGUAAAAACUCAAGAUGGUAUAAAAAUUCCAGAGUUGGUGCUGGAUAAACCUCUCGAUCGAGAGAAACAGGGUGUUCAUAAGCUCAUACUGACGGCUGUAGACGGUGGAAGUCCAGUGAGAUCUGGCUCUUGUGAGAUUACUGUGGUUGUUUUAGAUAUUAAUGACAAUGCACCACAGUUCGAAAAGUCGUUUUAUGAAGUAACAAUAGAUGAAAAUGCGCAAAUUGGCAGUAACAUCGUGAAAGUCAGCGCAGUUGAUUUAGAUGAAGGACCGAAUGGAGAAGUCGAGUACUUUUUCACGGAUAAAACGUCUGAUGCACUGAGGGCAGUUUUUGACAUUAACUCAAAGACUGGUGUGAUUAGCGUGAAAGGGCUUCUGGAUCAUGAACAAGCUAAUUUACAUAAAUUUGACGUACUGGCAAAGGACAAAGGAAUCCCUCAAAUGGAAGGGCACUGUAGCAUUAAAAUAAAGAUCAAUGAUGUUAAUGAUAACGAUCCAGACAUAGUUAUAACAUCUCUUUCCAGUCCAGUGCCUGAAAAUUCUCCGAGUAACACUGUCAUCGCGUUGAUUAGCACGAAAGACGCAGAUUCUGGCGAGAAUGGGAAGGUAAAUCUCACUUUGGCCACUCCUUCCCCGUUUAGACUGAAUCCUUCCCUAUCCAAUCAUUACUCGUUAGUCACAAACGGUCCUCUAGAUAGAGAAAAGUACCCCGAGUACGAGAUCAAGCUAAAUGCUAUUGAUUCAGGUUCACCGCCAAGAUCUUCACAAAAAUCAGUUAAAAUUAUGGUCUCGGAUGUCAAUGAUAAUCCUCCUGUUUUCUCUCAGAAGUCAUAUACAGUAUAUACUAAGGAAAAUAGUGUUCAUGGGUCAAUAUUGUGCUCUGUAUCUGCACAUGAUCCUGACCUGGACCAAAAUGCAAAAAUUUCCUACUCCGUUUUGGACUCUAAAGUGCAGGACGUCUCAAUUUCCUCUUACAUUUAUAUAAAUUCAGAUAAUGGCAGCAUCUACGCCAUGCACUCCUUCGACUAUGAGAAAAUGAAAGUGUUCCAGAUCCAAGUUCAGGCGAAAGAUCACGGCUCUCCGUCUCUGAGCAGCAACGCCACAGUUCAUGUGUUCAUUCUGGACCAGAACGAUAAUGCCCCCGCGGUCAUUUACCCCUCUGCAGUCAUGGGCUCCGCCUCUCAUCAGAGGAUGCCCCGCUCCGCUAAAGCAGGACACCUCGUCACUAAGGUCACGGCAGUGGACGCUGACUCGGGCCAUAACGCCUGGAUCUCCUAUCGGCUCGCGGAGGCCGCGGACGCGUCUCUGUUCAGCGUCAAUCUGCACACAGGAGAGGUGAGGACUAAGCGCUCCGUGUCCGAGCAGGAUGACUCCUCUCAGAGGCUGCUGAUAGAGAUCAAGGACAACGGAGAGCCCGUGCAGUCCACCACGGUCACCGUGGAUGUGCUGAUAGAGGACGGCUUUCAUGAGCCCGUCUCAGACUACCGCAAGAAAAGCGCGGAGGUCAGUAAGAAAAGCGGGAAAAUCACUCUGUACCUGAUCAUCUCUCUCGCUUCUGUUUCGCUGCUGUGUUUGAUGACGUUCUUCAUCUUGCUGGUGAAAUGCGCUCGAGGCAGUAGAGGCAGCUCGAGCUGCUGUAUCAGGCGGAGCGAGUCUGGAUAUAAAAACCCCAACAGAAACCUGCAGAUCCAGCUCAACACGGACGGCCCCAUUAAGUAUGUGGAGGUGCUGGGAGGAGACAUGAUGUCUCAGAGUCAGUCGUUCGGCUCCUAUCUCUCUCCAAUGUCCGAGUUCAGUGAUUUCACCCUCGUUAAGCCCAGCAGCACCACUGACUUCACAGACACGCUCAACGUGCUGGAUGCGUCCUUACCUGACAGCACGUGGAAGUUCGAGAGUCAGCAGACUGCAUGA